ACCUGUUUCAUUCCCUUACAUAGCCGUUGUCAGCGUCAUCAGCUGUCCGCCAUAGCCGUCUGUUAGACGUUGUCAGCGUCAUCAGCUGUCCGCCAUAGCCGUUUGUUAGCCGUUGUCAGCGUCAUCAGCUGUCCGCCAUAGCCGUCUGUUCCUUUGUUGAGAUGACUUCCGCUGGUCUUACAUCAUCGGUCUCCGUGGCUGUGGUUGCUGCAGCGGCCAUGGCUGCGCCGGUGGCCGUUCUGCCACACGUGGCGUGCCGUCGUCCCGUCGUGAUCAACGACCGGUCGCUGACGAAGCCGACCACUUGUCGGGCGACUCGAUCUCCCCAGUCCCGCCCUUCUCUGGUCACGACAAGUCGCAGCGCUUCGCGGCGAGCUUUCCUCCGCAUUCUCUCGUUGUCGUUGAUAGACCUAUCUGAGAUGAUGGAGUUGGUGUCUACCGCCGACCGCUGGUGGAGAACUGGGAGAGGGAGGGAAUGCGGGUUCAACUUGCCCGCUGAUUGUCGUCGGAAGCGCUCUGCUCUCCGUACUCGAUCUGCAGUUUCAACGGGCGGCGGGAUGGAUAGCAAUUAUGCUGAAUCGGACGAUCACAACGGACCGCCGGUCGCUGACGGCAACGGAUCGGCGGUCGCUGACGACAACGGACCGGCGGUCGCUGCCGUAGGCGAAGCGGUUAAAGCGCCGCGGCUGGCGGAUUCCUUUGGCUGGAUGACGGAGAUGAGAGCCACGUCGCCGGUGCCAGCUGGUCCGAGGAUGACCUUAGUCUUCGUUGGCGCGGAGGCCGCACCGUGGUCAAAGGUGGGCGGCCUGGGCGACGUUAUGGGUGCUCUGCCUCCCGCUCUAGCUGUAACCUUGGGGGGAGUCGUGGAAACGGUGCGCUUCUUCCAUUCGCGCAAGCGAGGUGUCGACCGCGUUUUUGUUGAUCAUCCUCUUUUCCUCGAGAAGGUGUGGGGUAUCACAGGUCAAAAGGUCUAUGGCGAGGCAGUUGGAGUGGAACAUCCAGAGAACCCCUUGCGAUUCGCUCUCUUUUGCCAGGUGAGAAGGUUAAUACGGUGUUGCAGCCGAGCAGCAGCUGCAGCGACGACAGCAGCAAGUGGAGAAGCAACGGAAGCAGCUAUGGCAGCAGCCGUGGCAGCAGUUAUGGGAGCAGGAUGGGAGCAGGGAUGGGAGAAGCAAUUGGAAGCAGGAGCAGGAGGGGGAGGAGAGAAUGCUCGGAGAGUUGGAGUAGAGGAAACCAACGUAGAAGCGUAGAGAAGGCGAGAUGGUUAAGGACGAGCGAGAUGAACGACAGAGAGGGGACAAGGGGGCAAUGGCAAGGACAUUG